AUGAUAGCUAAAAACUUAAAGCUUUCAAUUAGCUCUGUCUUUUUAAUUUUAAUUGCUUGUCAAACUAUAUAAAGUAGUUCAUUAAAUGAAGGCUUGGAACUCAUUUAAUUAAUCGAGCUUUCAAGACAUGGCGCUCGUGCUCCUUUUUAUGACCUUUGGGAUUACAGAACCAAUUGGAAUGUACCAUUGACCACACUUACUAAUGUAGGACAAAGAUAACAUUUUUUGAUAGGCUAAGAGCUUUACAGGAGAUAUAAUUCUACUAUAUUCAAUAAUGGAAACUAUAGCCCUUAGAAUGUUAGUGUACUUAGUACUAGUUCAGAUAGAGCUUAACAAAGCGCUUUGAGUUAACUGUUUGGAAUAUUUUAGCAAAAAGGAGAAAAUAUGUAAUAAGAUUGGAAAUUCAAUCCAAGCACAGAUUUGCCCCCUUUUUAAGUUGCAGAUGGAAAGUAGAUUUUAGAAAAUUUAGAAGGUAAAAAUCUCCCCAACAGUUAUGUUCCUAUCAACGUUUUGAUACCUGAUGAUAAAAGACUUUUAGAACCCUCUGACACUUGCCAUGGAUAUGAUGUCUUAAAAGCAUUCAAUUUCAACACUGAUGUUUACAACUAAUUUGACGAAUCUUUAAGAGAAUUUAAACAAGAAUUUAUUGAAUUGUUUGGUUUAUAAAGCACCAUGACUGUUGAAGACGUCACAAUUAAGGUAAUUGCUAAUUAUUGGGACUCAGUCAUCUGCGAUAUUUACUAAUAAAUUAAAUUGCCAUCCAAUUUCACAAAUUAAUUUAUCUUAAAAAUGAAUUUUGUUUAUGACUUCUAACAACUUUACUUAGAUUUCAACAGUGACAGUGGAGAUUUAUUAAAAAUGUAAACAAGCACUAUUUUCAAUGAUUUAAUAAGUGUUGUAAGAGAUUAAAAAUACAAGUUUAGAUUUUAUAGUGCUAGUGAUGGAAAUGUUAAUGCAGUAUUAAUUGCUGCAGGAUACUCAUCCUAUACUACAGAUUUCCAAGAGUGGCUCCAUCCAUCAAAUAAUAAAAAUCACAGCAAUGCUCCUUUUGCUUCCACAGUAUUAUUUGAAAUUUAUUAAGAUAAGCAAACCUCUAAAAAAUUCAUUAAAAUGAUUUACAAUGAUAAGCCUAUUCAAAUUAAAGGAUGCUCUGAUAUCAUAUGCGAUUUCGAAAAUGAAUUUGUUUCAUCAAUGAUAAAUGAAGCAAUACUGCCUCAAAGUAAAUUUGAAACUGCUUGUGCUUUAGGUUUUUAGACUAGUUUAAGACAUACAAAUUAUUGA